ACAGGGGAGACGAAGAUGAAGAAGUUUGCGAUUAUCAACUUUGUGAAGGAGAAGAACGUCGGUGUUGCGCCUUGUGACUGGUUAGAACGUGCCUGUGACGUCGAUGAUACAGUUAUCGUUAACUGGGAAGAGGGGAAGAAGAAAUCACCGUAUGAAGUUGUGGUCCUGGGAUUUUCAGAUGACAGAGAAGAUGCAGAAUCUAUGAUGGAUAGAUAUAUUGAGACUGGACGCUUAACAGAGAAAAGGAAAUUGUCAGCGGGAUUUCACGACCUCAGUGAUUCAUCAGAUGAUGAGCUCUUGAAAGAAAAACAGAAGAGGAUGAGAAUCAGCUAUGCUGCAGGACAGAAGAAAAUGAAAGAAAAGUUUCUGGAAAUCAAGGGUAAAGAAGACAGACAGCAAACAGAUGAAAGCUCCACUGGACAGGAAAAGAAGCAGCAAGAAAUAGAAGACAACACCCAGAAUGAGAAGGAGCAG